AUGGACAAUCGAGACUUUUGGUUAUACAUGAGGGUGGCGAAACCACCGGAAUAUAAUCCAUUGGUGAAUCCAAUCACAACAGCUCCGCCACCAUCGUUUUUCUCUUGGUUUGUUGAACAAAUUCAAUCGUUAUAUCGUUUUUGCUAUGUGCAUCUGCAUGAUCUCAUUUUAUCGUCGCUGUUUGGUUAUUUAACAUUAAACGAAAAAUUGUACGUCGCAGUACACGAAAAUGAUGUGUACAAAACGCGAAAAUUGUUAUCUCAUGGUGCUUCGCCUGAUUAUAUACCUCACGAUCAUAAGACAUUUUUCUCGCAUCUAAUCAAAAAUAAUAAUGAAAUUAAAAAUUACUAUGUCGAAACAAGUCUUUUCGCAUCGAUACUUUCUAGUGAUAGUAUGUUAUAUAUGGCUGUGUCAAAUAAUAACUACAAUUUAGUUCAAACACUCGUUAAUUAUCAUGAUUACGGACAAAUCGGGAAACAUACCGAAGUAGUCUCGUUAUGUUUAGCUGUCAAACGUGGAUAUUUUAAUAUUAUCGAAUAUUUAACUGAUUAUGGUCAUAUCAAUCCGAAUGAUUGUGUUCAAUCGAAUUGUAAACAUUGUAAAACUCAACAUAACGAGCAGCAACGAUAUCAAUAUCCUCUCUAUCAUGCUUGUCGAGAAAAUUGUUUUCGUCUAGUCAAAUAUCUUAUUGAAUUGAAACAUUGUGAUAUCAAUCAACUCACAAGUACUUAUGAAACCAGCUUGCACGGAGCAAUUCUAGGUGCUGUUGAAAAUCGUUUCGAUUCAUCAAUUAGUAAUCAGCAACGUUUUCAAAUUGUUAAUUAUCUUUUAACAAGUCCGAAUUGUAAUAUUGACCUUGGACUCAAUCCAUUAUGUAUCAGUCUUGCACAUGAUAAUCUCUAUGACUACACUAGUUUGUUAUUAAAGUACAAAUGUAGUGUCAAUCGUCUGGGAUGGAAUCGUUAUGAAACACAAAAUUCUCAUCAAAAACAAAAUAGUCAUUUAUUAUAUUCACUUGAUCAUCCAUUAAAUAUAUGUUUACGUCGUUUGUGUCAAAGUAAUGAUAGUAAUAUCAUCGCGGAACACUCCUCUCAUAAACAGCAUGCACUAAGUUUAAUCAAAAGUGAUUCGAAUAUCUAUGCCAUGUAUAAUUACGGAUCAAACUAUCCGUUCUUACUUGCAGUACAAACAGGUGAUCUGUUGUUGGUUCAAGCCAUCUUAGAAUAUGCCCAAUCGUACAUCAGACUUGAUAUUAUUGAACCACUUGUCGUUGCUUGUACGAAAUCAUUCUUUGAUAUUGUCAAAGCUUUAGUUGAUUUUGGUUUUAAUCCGAAUACAAUAAUGAUCAGUCGAGAUUGCACAAAUGUGUCAAACUCUGUUUUAGACGAAACAAAUUCAUCGGAAUUCUUAGGCUAUCUCGAUCGCUGUUGCACAUCUCCAUUUGAUUCGACCAAAUCAUGUCAAUCUCCAGAACAAUACUAUCAUCCGUGUACAUACAUUAAUUACGAUCAACAGAUGACUCCGUUUUUAGCUCUUGCACGAAUGUCUUCAUGGAUAUUUCAUCCGGACAGAUACGAUGCGACAAUGAAAACCAUUGAGAACCUCUUCUCUCAUGUUUCAAUCGACUUUUCUCUUCGACCCAAUCGAUAUGCCUUUUACUAUGCUCUAUUGAAUGAACAUAUGCCAAUGGUAUAUUAUUGUUUAGCAAAUUUAUGUCCAAUUAAUCUUUUACACAAUACUAUUGAUUUUUUAACGCCUUCUUCGUCGAGAAAUCAUUUUUCUUACACAUUAUUCCACAUAAUCUCGGUUUGUACUCGUUUAGUAUCGAGUAAUCGGAUUAAACGUACUUUAUUUGAUUCCUACGCAAAAACAAUCUUACGUAUUCAAACGUACGAUCGUUUAUCAUCGAUGGCAAGUGUUGUUGCUUAUAUGAAACUGUGGUUUUCUGACGAAGACUUCGUUUUUGAUCAAAGUUUAUAUGAACACUUAAUGUCAUUGCCAUAUGUUGAUGAUAUCAUUGAAAUUUAUGAUAAUAAUUUCUUACGUGUAUUGUUCGGUGUACACUAUCGUCGAAUUGUUGAACACAAGCCACAUUCGCGACCAUUGUACAAACUCAAAGAACUUUGCCGUUCGAAAAUUCGUCAAUGCACUCAAGUUUAUUGUGAACGUCGACAAGUGAAUAUGCUCAUCAUGAUGUCUCAGUUUGAUUGUUUACCAAAAACUCUUCAAGCCUAUUUGUUUUACACAACAUUUCGAUCAAAAUUAUUAAUCAAUCAGUUAUUGAAUAAUGAACCGUGGAAUCACAUACAGUGGAUGUAA